UCCCAAACAAUUUUAGUUAGACAGCAGAGUUGAGCAAGGAAAGCAGGAGGCACCUGGUGGUAUCUUUGGGACAAUCCGCUCCAUGUUGAUCCUCUCCUAACUAGAUACAUCUACCUCUGGGCUUCAUCACUGUCGGGUUUUCAAACGUUUCUGCUGAUCUCUUCUCCUGCGCCAAAAGAUCUGUCGAAAACAGAUUUUUUUCCUUUUUUGCACUAUACUAUUACUUUUUUUUAUUGAUUAUAUUUAUUGCACUUACGAUGCACACUACACAAAAGGACACGACCUACACGAAGAUUUUUGUCGGGGGUCUUCCCUAUCACACCACGGAUUCGAGUCUCAGGAAAUAUUUUGAGGUAUUUGGUGAGAUUGAAGAAGCAGUGGUCAUCACCGACAGACAGACCGGCAAGUCGAGAGGCUAUGGAUUUGUUACAAUGGCAGACCGCUCAGCUGCAGACCGGGCCUGUAAGGACCCCAACCCAAUCAUUGAUGGCAGGAAAGCCAAUGUCAACCUGGCCUAUCUUGGAGCAAAGCCUCGUGUGAUGCAGCCAGGUUUUACUUUUGGUGUGCCGCAAAUUCAUCCUGCUUUCAUCCAGAGGCCUUAUGGCAUCCCAGCCCACUACAUGUACCCCCAGGCCUUUGUCCAGCCAAGUGUGGUGAUCCCUCAUGUGCAACCUGCUGCUGCCACACCAGCCACCGCUUCUUCCCCUUAUAUCGACUACACUGGAGCUGCCUAUGCACAGUACACUGCAGCGGCCAAUGCUGCAGCAGCCGCGGCCUACGAGCAAUAUCCAUACGCUGCCUCCCCUGCUGCCACGGGUUAUGUUGCCACCACCGGUUAUGGUUAUGCUGUCCCCCAGCCUUUAGCUGCUCCUGCCCCAGGCUCAGCCGCUGCUGCUGCAGCGGCAGCUUUCGGCCAGUACCAGGCUCAGCAGUUGCAAGCCGAUCGGAUGCAAUAGCACCCAUCACCACUGCUGCAGAACAAGGAGAGAGAAGAGGCCUACUCUACACCAAAGCUGUGUAAAACAAGGCAAUAAGGAAAAAAAAAAUUGGAUUAGCUUUUAGGGAUACAAAGUUGAUGAUGAUGGUAGUGAUGAUGAUAGUAAGCUGGAAACUUUUAACAGUAACUCUCCAACUUGCUGUGCUUCAACCAAAAAAAAAAAAAAAGGAAAAAAAAUGCAGAAAAUCCAAAAAAGUUGCAGAUGGUACAAAUGAUUUACCAUUAUUGUUGUUUUUAUGAUGAAUAUUAUCAUGAUUAUCAUUGUUGUACUUAUUGCUAGAGAACAAAAUGCAGUAACUAAUCCCAGAGGUUGGUUUACAUUUAAACCUUUAAGUCCUAUUGCUGUCUUUUAGUAAAAUGUUUAGGAAAAUGCUCCUUUUCCACUUGUCAUGUUCCUCACAUGUUUAGGUUAUUUAAUGCCCUCAUAACAUUUAUAUUUAUUAUUAUUGUUAUACUACGCAUUGAGGGCUUUGUUUGUUAUUCUUGUAUUCAAAGUGCUUUUUUUAGUUGAUAUUUUCAGAUAAUCAGGGAAAUGGAACCGUUUCCAAAGUGUUAGCUACUAAUGUGUGAUCUCUGUCAGGAUGUGGAGGACAGGGCAGGAGGACAGACACAUUUGAAGAACUACCUUUCUAUCUUCCUGAUGCUGAAUGUCCCUUUUUGUUUUAAAGAUAAACCUUGAUCUAUGCAAAGCAAACAAAUCACUAUGAGGCAGAAAAAAAGAAAGAAAAGGGUCAUGAUGACAUUACUCUUGGACUUACGUGGGGGACUUGUUGCACAAAGCAAAAGCUAAAGAAAGGCUGGCUUUAGACAAUGAAAAACACAAAAUCUGUCUUUUCUUUGUUUUUUUUGUUUAGUUUUGUUUUUCAGUCACAUGUAUGCAUCUAGAGCUGCACAUGUGGCAGUCAGAAACAAAGGCAGCACAGUCGAGCAUCUCUGAUGGAGAGAAAGAACAACAAAAAAAAGAGAGAAAGAGCAGCUACUGGUUGGCGGGGUGGGGGGUGGGGGGUGGACGGAGUCGCUCCACAUAGACGGAUGGCUCUGGAAAGAACGCAUCACUUGUGCUCAUUUGUUGAGCUGUCACAUUUUAAUCCCCAGCCAAGCCCUUUGGGAACCAACUUUACGCCCCUUCGCCGGCCACAGAGUGACCCCCGCCACUAGCCUCCAGUCAUUCAGCUCUGUCCCCGUCAGCAUUUCUGCCGCGGUCUGCUGUCAGGUGUCCCCUCACAAAAACCUUUACCAAAGCCACCCCAACAUCUGGCCUGCCCCACGUCUGUCAAGAACAGCAGGUGGGGUGAAGAGGAAGGGCUUUGUCAUGUUGUGUAUGGUUUAUGUGCCUUUCAUUUUUACUACUAAUGGAAAGGAUUACAAAAAACACAAACCAAAAAAAAUAAGAAAUGUACUAUUUAAGGUAUUUAUUUUCAAGGGUUGACUAUGUUGAAACUCUAAGAGUAGAGACUUAGUGGCAGUACUGUAUUAAUAAUAUCAUUAUCUACUCAUCUCAAGGCAUAUAUAAGUUAUUGAUUAGUUUUAUUAUUAUUAUUAUUAUUAUUAUUAACACACUCAACCAAAAUGUUGAUAGAGAAGCUAUUUCAAAUAACAUUAUGUGCACUGUAUUUCUAUUUCUUAUUCUUUAGAACAAUACAUUAAAUAUUACCUUAAUGUCUUUUGUAUGAGAGAACCAUUAUUUAAGUGCUGGCCCAUCUGAAUGCCUACUGUAUUCUGUCUCUUCUGUGUUUUUAUUGGAUGACAGGAAAGUAGUAAAAGGUUUGACAAAUACAAGCAAAGAAAAGCUGCUUUAUUCUAAUAGAAUGUGUACUCGUCAUCGAGGAUUCAGUAGCUGUGCUUAUUUUGCUUCACAUUCACCAGACGGGCAGUUUGACACUGUUGGUAACUUUUAUACUUGAACUCUUUCUUACAAGGGAAAUGUGAAAAAUAAAUGACACAUGAAAAAAAUGUAAGAAAAAAAAACAAUUCAAGAGGUUUUCAUUGUUGCUGGAUGAAAGCUUGUUAAGUGUUGCUAUUUAAGGUCCUGUUGAUAAUAAAGCCUUUUGUUAAAAAUGUCAUCAUUUACUGAAAUUUGAAUAAAAUGUUCUAUAUUUGAAAAAAA